AUGGGUGCCUUAUUUUCAAUUUUUUGCGCGAUUUUCACCUUCUACUUCUGCACCAAUAAUUGGAAGCCAGAAAAAUAUUUCUCGGAAUUGUCGUCUAAAACAGCUUAUCGAUUUUGUGGGUUAAAAUCCUAUGGCGAGGAAAUUCCUAACAAGUUAAAACAAUGCUCUUUGGUUCACGUCAAUGCAUUAUUCAGACAUGGAACUAGAACUCCAAAUGCAAAGUCAAUCGUAGCAUUUGCAGAUGUUUACAAACGCCUGAAGAAGAGCUAUGAAAAUGGAUCCCCAAUUCCUCGUGAAUUCUUUCAGCAUCCAAUACCAUUUCAAGGUUCUGCAGUAAAAGAAUUAUUACCUACUGGGUUUGAGAGCAUGAUGUUAACCGAUGAAAAUGUUCGUUUUUAUUCAAGUUCAGUAGAUCGUUCUAUUGCCAGCGGACGAGCAUUUUAUAACGGACUUACAAAUGGACCACCAGUUCAGCCAAUAUGGAAUCGUAAAUUAUAUUGUGGAGAUGAUGAAGUGCCGGCCAGUUGUAUACUUGAUGAACCAGUCGCCGACAGUACUAUACAUCAUAAAAAUAUUACAAUUAAUGAUGACUUGUUAAGAUUUUUUGCACAAUGUAAAAAUUAUAUUGAAAAAAUUGAGAAAAAUAAAACAGCUUCUGUGGAGUAUUAUAAAUUUUUAAAAUCCGAAUAUGUGGCUGCCUCUUAUGAGAAUUUUUUACAAAGAUACAAUCUCAACAGGGAUGAUUAUGCACCAGAUGAUGUCAGAACAAUAUUCUUAGCCUGUUCAUAUGAAAUUGCUGCAAUGAAUGAUUUCAGUGAUAAUAUCUCUCCAUGGUGUAAACUACUUACACCGUCUGAUAUUCCAGUUUGGGAGUAUUCUGCAGAUUUAAAGCAUUAUUGGCUUAAGUCGUAUGGUUAUGAUUUAAAUUAUAUACAGUCGUGUCCAUUACUCGGUGAAAUGUUAACACAGAUUACAGAGGCUGUUAGGCAAUUUGCAUUUGGAGGUUUUAACCAAUCUGACGUGUCAGUACAUCGUGGAAGCUUUUGGUUUGGACAUGCAGAGACUGUACUACCCAUAGUUGCUGCUUUGGGCAUAUUUAACGAGUCUGUAGGUCAUUCGAAAGUGCAUAAAUUAACAGCGGAUAAUUUCGAUGAGAGAUUAAGAAUGCUUCAACAGGAACAACCGCCGCCAACAAUGUUUCGUACAGGUUAUAUAACACCAUUCGCUGGUAAUAUAGCCUUUAUGGUGUAUUAUUGUCCUGAAUCGGCUAGCAGACAGCUCUCAUCACAAUACUUCUGAUCGUUUCUCUCCAUUUUCCUACCAACUGGCGUACAAUCAGCCGAUGACCGCCAUUUAAUGUUUCCCACUAAAUGGAGAACAGUUCGAGCAAAUAAGCCGUAUGUUACCCACUCAAUGUUCACCAACACUGACAAGAACAUAUACAGAAUUUCGUUCGCAGCGACAGCUCUUCAAGUGGAAAUAAUUCAACUGAAACACAAUAAUUUUGUGUGUGCUACAAAUAACGAUGCAUUUAACAAAAACCGCUGUAUUUGAAGUACAUCUAAAUGACAGAAUUCAUCUUUCAGACAUACAUCAUGAACCAACAUCAUUUACAGAGAUCACUAGAAAUCAACGAGGCACUGGAUAGCUGUUUGAAUCUGAAAUUAAUCCAAAAUCAUAUAAACUGAAUAUCAGUCUCCGACUCACUGAU